CGAAGAGUCAGGGCUCACUGUAAUUUGCAUCCAUUCCGAUAUGCCAUGACACUUUUACGACUCGCAUCAGUCCUUAUUUUGCUCUCUUCAGCAACAUUACGGUCGAGCUGUCAAGUCGUCGGACGGGCUGAUCGAAUACGAUCCGAAAGUCUUCGACGAAUAUCUCCUCGUGUCCCCUACUUCCUUGUCCUGGCACCUGAUGAUGACACACUGCCUUAUUCUCUUAAGAAGGUUCUUCCUGCAGUUCUAGUUGCGGUAUCGAGGACCAAGAUAAACGUUGUCGUUCAUUACUACGAUACCAACUGUUCUUCGACGACGGGACCUCUGUCAGUGUUCGACUACUACAUAUCUGGUCAAGUUGAUGUGUUCUUCGGCCCCUCUUGUCCAUACGUUCUGGCACCUGUGAUUCGCUAUGCUUCCGAGUGGGGAAUACCAGUUCUCACGGCUGCAGGACAAAACGAUCACUUUGACAGCAAGUCGGCCUACUACAGGUUGUUGACCAGGAUGAACGGAUCGUUUUCCAGCUUGGGGCAAGUUUUCGUCGAAGUGAUGAGACAGUUUGACUGGACGGUUGUGGCGUUCCUCUUCCACCAGUUCAGAGAAAACUCCAAGGGCCACACAGAGUGCUAUUUCUCUUUGUCAUCGGUAUUCACAGCCCUUGGAAAGAACGCGACACAUCACUCGUUCGAUGAAAAUGAGGACGUCGUGGAUAUUCCGGAUCUUCUCCGGAAGAUAUCCAAGAAAGCAAGGAUAAUCCUUAUGUGUGCAUCCCCGAACACCAUCCGGGAUAUCAUGCUGGCAGCCCUCGAACUCAACAUGGUUGGCAGCGGAGAAUACGUCUUUUUCUCCGUCGAGCUGUUCACGAGUCGCAACGAUAGCCGAAAGCCAUGGUAUCGUGCGGAAGACACUCCUGAGAGCAACGCAAGGGCACAGAAAGCUUACGAGGCACUUCUUACGGUCACCGCCAGAACGCCAGAAACCGAGGAUUUCCAGAACUUCUCCAGGGAGGUCAAACAACUCGCUAAGGACAAGUUCAAUUUCACCUUUGGAAACGAAGAAGUGAACAACUUUGUGGCUGCUUUUCACGAAGCUGUGAUUUUGUACGCCAUCGCGCUCAACGAAACCCUGAGUGAAGGUGGGACAAUCACGAACGGAUCGGAGAUCACAAGGAGGAUGUGGAAUCGAACAUUUACAGGUAUCACAGGGACAGUAAGGAUUAACGAAAACGGAGACCGAGAUGCUGAUUAUUCUAUUCUGGACAUGGAUCCUGUCACAAAAGAAUUUCAAGUAGUGGCCAACUACUUCGGAGUAAAUAAGAGUUUCAGCGACGUCCCUGGCAGAGCAAUUCACUGGGCCGGAGGGAAGGCCAUACCCCCUCCAGACACACCUCGAUGCGGCUUCGACGGCUCAGGCUGCCCGGACGAAGAGCUUCCAAAAUAUGCCAUCGUGAGCGGGGUACUCAGUGGACUCGUCGUGAUUCUCUGCCUGGCGUUUUUCUUCAUUUAUAGGCACUUUAAACUCGAGGCUGAACUGGCAUCCAUGACAUGGAAAAUCCGCUGGGAGGAAAUAUCUACCUCUUCACACGGCAAUUUCAAAAGGCUUGGAUCUCGAAUAAGCAUUACGAGAGCAAGUAUCGUGAGCUCCAAUUCAUCCGAAACGUUGUUCCUUGGUGAUGGGAAGCAAAUUUUUAUUCGCACCGGCUUGUAUAAGGGCAUGGUCGUGGCUAUCAGACCUUUCAACAAAAUGAAGCUAGAAAUUACGAGACCACUACUGAUGGAGUUGAAAAACAUGAAGGAUCUCCAGCACGACCACAUAGUGCGCUUCCUGGGGAUAUGCGAAGAGCCGCCACAUUGCUGCCUCAUUACGGAAUACUGCCCAAGAGGAAGUUUACAGGACAUACUCGAAAAUGACGAAAUCAAGCUGGACUGGAUGUUCCGCUACUCUUUAAUGCACGACGUCGUCAAGGGUAUGGCAUACUUGCACAGCAGCGAGAUUCACAGUCAUGGCAAUCUCAAGUCGUCAAACUGCGUCGUCGACAGCCGCUUUGUUCUCAAGAUUACAGACUUCGGGUUGCAUUCACUUCGGUUCUACGAUACGAAUGAAGAUUCGUACGCAUACUGGAGGCGUAUGUUAUGGACAGCGCCUGAACUGCAGCGCAUGGGCGAGCAGCCUCCUUCUGGAACGCAGAAGGGUGACGUCUAUUCCUUCGCCAUUAUAGCGCACGAGAUCGUUCUUCGCCAAGGACCAUUUUAUUUACCUACCUUGGAACUGGGCCCAAAAGAAAUUGUCGCCAACGUGCGUCUGGGUCACAAAAUUCCAUUUCGACCGUUCCUUGAGAACGACUCUUGCAGUGAAGAAGUAACUCAAAUGAUACGAAAGUGCUGGGCAGAGGAUCCUUUGGAGCGCCCGGAUUUUCAGUCUCUCAAGCCUCUUAUACGGAGGUUCAACAAGGAAAGACAGGGAGUGAACAUUUUGGACAACUUAUUAUCCAGAAUGGAACAAUACGCGAACAACUUAGAGAAGCUAGUCGAGGAACGAACGGCAAGUUACUUAGAAGAGAAACGCAAGGCAGAAGAACUGUUGUACCAGCUGCUACCUAGGUCGGUAGCCAGUCAGCUCAUCAAGGGUCAGACGGUGACCGCAGAGUCCUACGACAGCGCAACUAUUUACUUCAGCGACAUCGUAGGUUUCACAGCCCUGUCAGCGCAAAGCACACCUAUGCAGGUAGUUGAUUUACUGAAUGACUUAUACACCUGCUUCGACUCCAUAAUUGAGAGUUACGAUGUCUACAAAGUGGAAACUAUUGGUGAUGCAUACAUGGUUGCAUCAGGAUUACCAGUGCGCAACGGCGUGCUGCACGUUCGUGAAAUUGCACGAAUGUCACUUGCACUUCUCCGUGCUGUCCUGUCUUUCACCAUUAGUCAUCGGCCUCACGAGCAACUCAAGUUGCGAAUUGGAAUUCAUACCGGUCCAUGUGCGGCUGGCAUUGUAGGACUAAAAAUGCCGCGAUAUUGCCUUUUUGGGGACACAGUGAACACGGCAUCAAGGAUGGAAUCUAAUGGGCUACCCUUGAAAAUCCAUGUUAGUUCAACGACGAAAGAGUGCUUGGAGAACUUCAAGACAUUCCGUUUGGAGCUGAGAGGUGAAGUAGAGCUGAAGGGUAGGGGCGUCAUGACGACAUACUGGCUAUUAGAAGAGUCCCCAAGUACGCCCGAAGAAGGAGGAUGCGAUGACAUACCGAUGGAAACGAAAGUCUGACACACGUUCCCGUAGGCCUUGCAUUAUGGAACGAUAUUCGGUCCAACCAAGAGCCGAACAGUGACACAGUGCGCUGCGUGUUUUCUGUGUGUGGUGAAAGGCACAAUGAAGGUUCACAACGCAGCAAAUCCCCUCAAGGACCCGUGCUGAACGCACUCGAACAGAGGACCCGUACCUGGAACUCGUGCAAGAGAACGUUUAUCUUUGUGAUAUUUCCAGCUGUUGCAUGUGGAAAAGGCUCAACAAUGGGUCUUCAGGCACCUGUAACGUAAAAGCGCCAAGACCUGAAUGUAGAUCUUUGUCGAUCUAAAUCGACCAAAUGCACGCCCGCAAUACAUGCUGUAACGUCCUGUGUUCAUUGAUAUUGUGCUGUAAGAAGGGUUUCGACACACAACAAAGAAAUUUAAGCAUAGUUGCUCUUCGCUCACGUUUUCAAAUGCAGUGGGAUACUAGCCCAGCAGAAUCGCGCAAAUGAAGUGUCCCUUGAAAACUCCAAGUUGGCAAGUUGUUGCCAUGUUCGUUAACAUGCAUAGAUGACGAAACUGAGUAAGGGCAUCACAGUAUGAGCAGAUGAACAAGUCGACUAGGUACCAGAAAAGGUCUUCUUUUCUUGUCAUGGUUGCUAAUAGGCCGACCAAAGGGAGAUUCCAUAGAUAUUUUUCAUACUGAGAUGUUGCACUGGCCUUUUACCGCGAAAGCGACCAACAAGCAUAUCGGGGAUAACGUUUCUUGCGAUCUACGAUGUAUCCGAUGUAUUAUAUCUGUGUUUUUAUAUUUGUUACACGAAUUGCUAAUUGCUAAAUUGCUAAGCAGACAGAAGAGAAAUUAUCGAUUUUGCGAAGCAUAUUCAAGAAUAGCUUUAUAGGACCAAGCACCGUGGCUACAUGCAGACACAGACGAACCUACACGGUGCUUGUGCAUCACGUGACUGUGUCACCAUCACUUGAUCCAAGACUGUGUUUGCGGCAGGCUGAAAUUAUGUAAGCAACACAGUAACGAUGCAAGAAAUUACAGUGAUUUCAUAAAACUAUUAGAAGGCCUUCAAUGGGCAUUUAAUAGUAUUUCAAAAAGUUUAAAAAAAAAAUACAGCCAAUGAUGGUCCUAUAAAGUCACCGCAUUUGAACGCGUCUGGCACAAUGCUCAAAUAUGCAGCCAAUUUUCUAUGAACCAAAAAAUAUUUUUGUCAAAUAGCACGUGUCUCGGUCACUCCACAGAUGAAUGUUGCAAGUGGACACAAAUGGCGAACUAGUUCAGACUUAUUAGCUCUACGAAUAUGGGUCAUUACAAUUAAGAAGUGUAAUUAAUCGCGUACAAAUCAGUUUGGGAUGCAUCAGUGUCUGAUUAGCAGGUUGCUUCGUUAAAAAUUGGUUAAUUGAUUUCUUUUUUAGAAUAGUGCAACCGAAAACGGCAUUCCAGCAUAUUUCAAGUAUAUAAAUGCAGAGGUAUCACGUUUAGAAACAGCAUUCGGUUCAAUUUGUUUCUGCUUUUAAGCUGUAGUUUAGCAUGUUCCAUGAGUAGGUCACCGUGCCUGCAGAUAGGAAAGAACACUAUAGUCACAUGUGAUAUCGUUGUUUUACAUACCAUCUGCACAAGUCACCUGUCAAUGUACAAUUUUCACUCCUCGCAUCCACUCUGGAUUCGGCAAACCGCACAUAAAAGACAUUUGCAAGUUAUGCAAAAAGUAACUUUUGUAUUUUCAGAAGCAGGACUGUAUGAAGAGCUUUAUUCGGAACAGGCAAUUAUCUCUCCUUUUCUCCUGUGAUUUCUCAUUACAACAUCGUGUAAAUACCAGAAAUACAUUCCGUGCAACCACCAUGAGUUCGUGUCACCCACAUGUUACGCAGACGAUCACGAGCUCGUAGUAUGCGUGUGCAUCUGUCGUUUCAAGAACUUGGCCUGAAGAAGCGAAUAGCAGUAUCUGUACAACGCGAAGAUUGAGCGAGUUGCAGUUCCUUCUGGAAGCAUAAAUUGCUUGUCAAACUGUGCGCAUUGUCCAGCGAUUCAAUAAUUUGUGUACAUAUAAAAUAAAAACAUGGAUCAAAGGUUUAUA